AUGGAGUCCAAUGCAAGUGUCCAGGCUGUCUAUCUAUCGAUUUCAGAUACUAAAGAUGCACUGGAUAGGCAGUGUAGAAAGUUAGCACCGUGCAAAAAUAACGGGUAUCGGUCACAGCCGUUAGGAAUGUUGUGUGUAUGCAUCGAGCCAUUUUUUGGAGAAUAUUGCGACAAAAUUUGUAAUCAAGGACAAGUUCUAAAAGGAGUUGACGGCAGAAGCUACUGUAGUUGUUUACCAUUUUAUCGAGGUGAACGAUGUACGGAGAUGGUGUGCUUGAAUGGCGGUACGAAGGAAUUCUUUGUAACACUUGAGUUGAAGCACACGGUAGAUGUACAUGUCCUCGAAGUUAUGCCGGAUUUCAUUGUGAAAUUGAUGCAAAUCGAACCACUCGACACGGAUCACGAUACCAUCGAUUUGAAGAUGUCGGUUAAGAGUAAUGAGUUGUUCAGCCGUGAUAUUAGUGGCACGGCAUUCAGCUUGGUAAUGAUCAUCGUACUUGUCGUCUCCAUGUACUUGCUGAUGAAACAUAGGAUGCAGGUCCAGUCAAGACUCACAGCAUCACGUCGUGACGAGAUAGCUCAUGCAGCAGCGAUGUAUGGUAUUACACGACGUGGUGAUAUGGUCUCACCACAAGAUCUGCGAAUUGCUCCGUUCAUCGCCGCUGGGAUCGAUGGACCACCGCCUUAUAUUUUACACACAUAUUCUGGUAUGCCGUCUCUAUAG